UAUGGUGAAACUUCUUUUGACGCUCAGACACAAACUCAACAGAGACUGAAUUAUUCUGAUGGCAGGAUGCUGCUGCAGCCUCUUUGGACCUUCCUCGUGGGACACUCCUCCCUCCUUCACUCGCCUUUCUUCCCCGUCCUCUUCUCCCUCUCCGUCUACCUGUCCUUCUGCCUGCCCUUCCUGCUGUUGGACCUGCUGUCCUCCAGGUGGGCCCUGGUGCGCAGGUACAAGCUACAACCUCAGAGCUCCAUUAGCUGGGCCUCAGUGCGGAGCUGCCUGGCUCUGACGCUCUACAACCACAUGGUCUUCAUCUUCCCGCUGACCGUGAUGCACUGGUACCUGAGGCCCGUCCACCUGCCUGAGGAGGCCCCGGCCCUCCCCCGGCUGCUGGCUCAGGUGCUGGUCUGCCUGCUGCUCUUUGACUUCCAGAGCUUCGUCUGGCACCUGCUGCACCACAGAGUGCCGUGGCUGUACCGCAACUUCCACAAGUUGCAUCACUCCUACACCUCCACCUCCGCCCUCACCGCCGAGUACUCCGGCGCAUGGGAGACUCUCAGCCUGGGGUUCUUCGCUGCUGCCAACCCCAUCCUGCUGGGCUGCCACCCCCUCACCGAGCUGGCCUUCUUCAUGGUGAACAUCUGGCUGUCGGUGGAGGACCACUGCGGCUACGACCUGCCCUGGGCCACCCACCGUCUGGUGCCACUGGGGCUGUACGGAGGGGCCCGCCACCAUGACCUCCAUCAUCUCAAGUCCAAAUGCAACUAUGCCCCCUACUUCACCCACUGGGACCGGCUGGCUGGAACGCUGUGCACAGAGGACUGAACGACUGAUGAUGGAGAGUUUCUGAACUGAUGUAACAGAGUACUGCGGGCAGCUGCUUCGUGUUUACAAAUCCUCACCUCAUGUUUUACAUUAAAAUAUUGAGGUGUAAAAGUGCUGGACACUACAUUUAUUUACUGUCUAUGCUCAUAUCUACUCUUUGUAUUCACAUAUUUAUUUAUUAACAUUUAAUUUAUUUAACCAGGACUGAUUAAUUUAUGCAAACUGUGGAACUGUUAACACUGAAGAAUAUUUUUGUAAAAUCAUUUUCAGUACAAAUCAACAGAAUAACAGAUAAAAUAGAGAGUUUUGCAGUGUUAAAGGCAUUAAUUUCAUGUUUUUUGAUUAUGUUCACGUGCAGCUAAGUUGCAUUAAGGUUAAAGGUCAUCUUUAACUAAACAGAAAAAUGUUCAUAUUGAACAAGUCUGAUGAAUGUUGACCGCCACAGUUUUUAUUUAACUUGUUGUUAAAUAUUGAAGUAUUGCAGUUAUAACUAUAAGCUGAAGUUCUAAAGAUUUAGUUCAAGUAUUUUGGAGUGAGAGAAAGUGACUGAUUUAUUGAAGAUGGACUAGAGAAAGUGAACUGAGUGAAGUGUGAAAGUGCAGACUGUGAAGUGAAGCUGGUUGAAACGAUGAGGAGAGAGAGGAAGAUACUGAAUGUUUUUAGAUGUUUGUGUUAAAAUGAAACGUGAGCAGAAGGUUGUGAAGGUAAAGACUGAAAAUGUGAACAAUGACUGAAAUGUGAAAACAGUAUUUCUGUGAAGUGAUUUGAGAAUAAACUGAACAAAAACAAA